GUGCCAUUCUUCGCCAAGCAUCACGCACCAUGUCGCCGCACAAGUCCCUGGAACUGUUCAAGUUCACGCUCUACGUGACAGUGCCCAUCCUGACCACGUACGUGUACAUGCAGCCUGAAAUCGUGAAGGAAAUCGUCACGCGGCUGGACUACAUCAACUACCCUGCGCAAGAAUUGACUCGCGAUGAAGUGAUGGAAAAACUGAAGAAAGGUCAACAGGAUCGCAAGCGCAGUUAAAGAGCACCAUUGCGACACUGUAUAACGUGAAUGUACCGAUCUAACGCCCAUGGGAAGCGUGCUCGCAUCAACAAGCAACCCCCAUUUGACGAUUUCAUCGAGCAGUCCCG